GAACAUUGCCUCUGCUGGGACUCAGCCACAACUCUGCAUGGGGCUCUCACCCUCAUGUUUUAAUUCACUCCCCUUUGUAAAUUUUUUCUUAAAGCAGCAAGAAGAGAGUGUUGAUACCAACCAGAGAGUAUCAAUUCCUGAUUCUUCUAAAUUCCUAUUGCCAUCGUAGAAGUUGAACUUCAGGAUGAGGGGUGCCAGGCUGAUGGGGGCACUGCUUGCCCUGGCCGGCCUGCUGCAGGUGGCCCUGUCCCUAAAAAUAGCAGCCUUCAACAUCCGGACUUUGGGGGAGACCAAGAUGUCUAAUGCCACGCUCUCUCACUACAUCGUGCAGAUCCUGAGUCGCUACGACAUCGCCGUCGUCCAGGAGGUCAGAGACAGCCACCUGACAGCCGUGGGGAGGCUGCUGGAUGCACUUAACCGGGAUGACCCAGACACCUAUCAUUAUGUGGUCAGUGAGCCUCUGGGCCGCAGCAGCUACAAGGAACGCUACCUCUUCUUGUUCAGGCCUGACCAGGUGACAGUGCUGGACAGCUACCAGUACGACGACGGCUGCGAGCCCUGCGGGAACGACACCUUCAGCCGCGAGCCCGCCAUCGUCCGGUUCCACUCCCCGCUCACCAAGGUCCGGGAGUUCGCCAUUGUUCCCCUCCACGCGGCCCCCCUGGACGCAGUGGCAGAGAUGGACUUGCUCUAUGACGUCUACCUGGAUGUUCGGCAGAAGUGGGACCUGGAGGACAUCAUGCUCUUGGGCGACUUCAACGCUGGCUGCAGCUACGUGGCCCCCACCCAGUGGGCCUCCAUCCGCCUGCGCACAAGCCCGGCCUUCCAGUGGCUAAUCCCUGACACUGCGGACACCACGUCCACAGCCACGCACUGUGCCUACGACAGGAUCGUGGUGGCCGGAACAGUGCUCCAACAUGCCAUCGUUCCAGACUCGGCUGCCCCCUUUGACUUCCAGGCUGCCUACGGCCUGAGCAACCAGCUGGCCCAGGCCAUCAGCGACCAUUACCCGGUGGAGGUGACGCUGAAGAGGGUCUGACGUGAGCGGAGCCUGGGACGCAACCUCCCCCCACUACAGCUUUGCCUGUCCUCGUGCUCACGCAUCGGGGCUGAGGACCUGCCCUGCACACGGCGUCGCGGGAGUGGCCUGGUCACACCCUCUGCCUCCGCAGUGUGUGUGGGGCUCGCGGCAACCCAGCGCCCUACCUACCCUCACAGUCCCAACACCGGUUCAUCGCUUAGGUUAACACAGGUUUUUAAGUAAAAAAUGCUUUUAAGUAAAUAAAGCUCAUAGCAGGUGUUGUCACAGGUGGCGGCACCUCCUUUCUCCGUG